AAACAAUCGCAUUGUGCCUGUGGACACAGCAUAGGUACUUUGUUGCACCUCGAUCGCAACCCUGCAGCAAUAGCAAUAUGCCCGAGAAAGACAAGCUGUCCUGGUUGACGCCGAAACGACGAAAGACGACGGGAAGUGUCAAGACCAUAUCACAUGGCCAGAUGAGGACCGUGGCAGAGCAAGAUGAAUCGCAGGCUGCGGAACUGGACGCGUCCCUCCCCGAACCAGCUUCGCUGAGCGCACAACGAUCGAUCCAGGCAUCGAAAGAGCAUGGUAGAGAUGAUAAUGACACAGCAGUGCAAUUAGCGCAGAUGUUGCGGCUCACGGAAAUGAAUGCAGACAGUGUCAGCAGGCUCGCCAGCCGUAUGGGAAACAACCAACAUGACCAUGGUGGGUACUUCGACACUAGUGCCCUAGCAGUACACUUUGGGAGAAUGACGGAUCUGCUGGCGAGGAACAUAGAACACAUGGAAAGCAUGUCGCAAAAGCAGUCGGAACAUGAGCAGCGAUUGACUGCCGCACUGGAAGAUAUUUCGACGAAACGGAAAGAGGAUCGCAUUGACCUGGCCCAACUUUCUGCCCAUCUCGAUCGUGUUAACAAGACUUUGGAUAGAAGUCCCACUCCAAGGAAGGACAGCGUGCGGUUGGCAGCAGAUGAUUCGAGGCCAUCGAUCGAUUUCUCGCCAUUAGUCUGGAGAUUGGAACAGAUGCAGCAUGCUAUCGAGCAGAAUAAUGCGCUGACUGCAGAACUUCUGGAGGAGCGAUCAACAGCAGAUGCCGAAGCACGGUACAAGAACCAACUUGACCUUUUGCCAAUUUCAGAGAGUCUGGAGAAGAUAUAUGGAGCAGUCGAGAAGCAGAAUUUGCACACCAACGCUCUUCUCGAGAUCUUGCGUGAUGACAAGGAUGACUCGUUGCAAACGGCAAAAGCCAAUGGCGAGACGCUUGACCGCAUCCUGCAGGCUCAGAUGGAGACGAAAGAGGCUGUGGAACACAAUGGCGGUGAUGUGGAUUUCGAGCCUGUAGCACGACAUAUGGAUGCCAUCCGGGAGGUCGCGACUGAAAACACGGAACAGAUUCGGAUAUUGGUUGAAUGCCAGAAAGACCACAAUCAGUCGAAACCAAUUGGUAGGCCGGAGAGCCUCAAUCUCGACUUCAGCCCCAUGACAGACCGGUUGGAUCGUGUACAUGCCACUCUAGAGAAAUCGACGAGCCAUCUUCAAACACAGACUCCCGGCACCGGCGAUAUGAAAUUCCUGAUGUCUGCACUUGCGUCCCAUCUCAGCAAGAUACAGGCUGUCACCGAACAGAACGCCAAUGCUAUCAAGACUGUUGCGAGUAACCAAGCGCUCCCAAACGCAGCACCUCAAGUAUCGUCGUCGAAUGACAGGACGCACGAAGCAAUCCGAGAGACGAACGAUCGACUUCAAGCACUUACAAAGAUACUCACAGAACGAGAGCUCGACGCACCACCGGUGGGAAAAGUCCAAGACAAGCUCGCACGACACCUCGAAGAGACUUCCUCCCAAGUGCAAGAUCUCAUGGCCGCGCAACGAGAAACGUUCGAUGUUGUGCGUGAACUGGCGAUGAGCAUCACAAGAGAAAAGCGUAUCUGCGACCAUAUCGUCACGCCUCCACCGAGGAAAGUUGGCAGGAAGAUCUUGGGUUACGUGUAUGAUGGGAGUGAGGCCGUCCGCUGAGGUGAUUUGGACUGUACGUUCAUUCCCUGGACCGCCUGAUUUGGUCUCGAAACUCUGAAACACUGGACCUCGCAGUAAUGCGGUAGAGUAUAGCACUCUUCAGCUUUCAAGCUGCCUUGAACCUGGCCGAGGUUCCGAAGAUGAAGAGAACUAGGGCUGGUUCAAGCAAUUCCUAGUUCAGCUACGGUCUAAGGAUGCCAGAUUCCUGAUUUCCGAGACUGUUGUUCCCGAUCAAGAGCUUAUCCAGUAUAGAAGGACUAGGUAUCUCGAGGAGAGCUCGGUGUAGUGCAGGAUCAAAGAGCAGUCUAAAGUAUAAAGGAUCAAAUAAUAGACUGACUAAUACUUGAUAAUUCACCGAGAACAGUCAAUGCUUAUAUAAAAAGCAUAAGGCAGUAAUCAGGAUUGCGCGCGAGUGAGUAAUUAGUAUAUAACCUCGCUAGUAGAGGGCCCUCGAGAAGUACUACUUGCUGUAGCUUAAGCCUAGAGACAUUUAAGCAUACGAA